AAUAUAUCAAAUGAGAGUUCAGAAGCAUCAUGGCGGACUCCAACAGCAACAACAACCAUGUUCUCGUGUUAUUCUCGUUCUCCGUGUUUUCUCGGCCCUCGUCCGUGGCCGUGGGCUCCGGUUAUGAAGUGCUCAUCCAGAAGUUUCGGUCCAUUUACGGAUAUCAGAUCGAUGUCCACCGUAAAUUCGUGAUUCAGUAUUUCUCUGAGGAAUGGGGCCAGUUCAUUGAUUUGCCGAAGGGAUUCGCGAUCUCGGAGAAAUGUCGGCUCAAAUUAGUGCCCGUGCAGAUGGAUAUAACGAUAUUAGGAAACCUGUCAUCCGCCACCACAGUGUUCUUCUGCUGCGACAUGCAAGAGAGAUUCAGACCUGCCAUCAAAUACUUCGGUGACAUCAUUAGUGUUGGACAGAGGCUGCUGCAGGGAGCUCGUAUUCUGGGUAUUCCUGUGGUGGUUUCGGAGCAGUACCCUAAAGGUCUGGGCAGCACAGUGCAGGAGAUGGACCUAACCGGCGCUAAACUAGUUUUCCCCAAAACCAAGUUCUCCAUGGUGCUUCCUGAGGUGGAGACGCUGCUGGCUGAGAUUCCAGGAGUCCGCAGUGUUGUUCUGUUUGGAGUUGAGACGCACGUGUGCAUUCAGCAGACCGCUCUGGAUCUGAUUGGACGAGGGUUUGAAGUGCACAUUGUUGCUGACGCCACGUCCUCCAGAAGCAUGAUGGACAGGAUGUUUGCCCUAGAGCGUCUGUCUCGCACUGGAAUCAUCGUCACCACAAGUGAAUCGGUUCUUCUGCAGCUGCUGUCUGAUAAAGAACAUCCAAAGUUCAAAGAGAUUCAGAACAUCAUUAAAGCCAGCGCUCCAGAGUCAGGCCUGUUGUCAAAGAUCUGAUUAAAGCUCACGCUAAAUGUGCUCUACAUACUACACAUCAGUUUCUCUUAGCUCCUCAACUUCUCACACUCACACAUGGGAACAUUUCUCAGAAAUAUGCUGGAACAGAUUGAAACGGUUACCGGCAGACAUUUGUGCUCAAGCUUUUAACGUGCUUGACAUGCAGUCCAAAAAGUUCUAUAUUUGACAUACUAAUAUAAUCCAAAAUGUAUUUUAGAUGUGUAUUAUAUGAGAGCACACUAUUUGACCUAAAAGCAUUUGUUGUUAAUGAAUGAAUGUGUCUGUGCUCAGAAAAUAAAAAAUUAAGAAUUCCUUCUAAAUCCUUUUCUGUAUUAGUAAAUUAUUGCAAACAUUGCUGUGAAUGUAAGUACAGUUACAUAAUGGUUGAGAACACGUGUUUUUCAAUGGUUUUUGAGGUUUCUUCUCUUGCGUUAGUUUUAGAUAUCUGAGCCCUUGUAUAACCUCUAGUUAACUGUGCUACACAAGUGUUGUGCUUGACACCGUAGUUCUACAGUAAAUAUAACCAGUGGAAAUCAUUCGUUUAAGAUGCUUGUGUUUAUUCCCACUCUGUACGUUCAUUUAUUAAGAGAUGUUUAAUUUUAAGUAAAAUUUCUGACAAUUUUUGCAUUCUGUCACUGUAUUUUUAGCCUGUAUGAUUUGAACAUCAGACUACCUCUCAUCUAAACCUGCCGGUGACAUCUUGGCCAAGUUAUUACUGAAAUCGGUUGAUUUAGGCUUUAGACUUUCGCAUGUAUCUAUGUCAUAAGAUCUACACCAUUACCAAAACAACUGAAGCAUCUUCAGUAGAAGUAUUAUUUUUUUACGGCUUACCGACACUAAGAGUAAUUUUCGAGAAUGAGAGCAUCAGAGUUGCGUACAGUUCUGCAUUUUUCCUGAAAGAAAUAGCAUUUUUGUGUAGACCUGCAUUUUUUAUAGAUUGAAAUCUUGAUUUCUUGCCCAAACCCUGUAGACUGCACAGACAUCCUGAGACUGAGGAUUGUCAUUUACUGUUUUAAUUAUUGAUAUUUCUUGUGUGUGUAUUUGUGUUCAAAUCAUUUUGAAAGUGUGUACAUGUAUAUUUGUGACUAUUGAUGAACUCUACUGAUUGUACAAUGCGCAGAUGCAUUUUCUUGAUGUGAUAAAAUUAUUUUGUGGACUUUGUAAACAUUAAUGUUAAAAAACAAACAAAUUGAAUCUGCUCUAAUAUAUGAUAUGAAUAAAUGUUAAAUGCACUAAAUCUUGUAAAUGUGAAGAGGUUUAAUUUAUGUUGGUGUACACAUUUAUGCAUUUCUUCCCAACAAAUGUAAAAAAGGGAGAAGGCAAAGUGUGGUGUGUAAGUAACGGCGUAUCGUGUAGCAGGAGUGAAGGGUUCUGGUGCUGACCUUAUUAUUGCCGCAUGGCACAUGCUGAACUGAGUUGGAUGAUCAAGGAUGUAAUAAUUCUCGCUCGUUGGUAAUUUGUGGUCAUUAUUGUUAAGAUGCACUGGUAGAAUACGGUGAAUAAAGUGACUGGGAA